GCCCUCAUGAUCAACGCACCUGAGGGCAGUUUGGUCACACCUUCCCCUCCAGGUUGAUAAACUCCUCCGUUGAUCAGCAGACACAGUUGGUAGAGUCGCACCAUGGAGGUCAAACUGUUGGUUUGUGGCGUCGUGCUCGUGGUCUUAGCGGUUACAGGAAGCAACGCACAGUUAGAUGUUUGUGGCACUGCGCCGCUCAACACCAGGAUCGUAGGAGGGGCGAAUGCUCCUGCAGGGUCGUGGCCCUGGAUGGUCAGUCUGCAGUACGAAGGAUUUCAUUUCUGUGGAGGCUCCCUGAUCAGUAACCAGUGGGUCCUGACUGCUGCUCACUGUGUCAGCAGCUUCACACCCAAUCUCACCGUUAACCUCGGCCGUGACACCCUGACCUUGUUGAAUACAAACGCGAUGUCCCAGACUGUGUCCCAGAUCAUCCUGCAUCCCAACUAUGUUCAAGCCAUUUUGAAAAACGACAUAGCCUUGCUGAAGCUGUCCUCACCUGUUAACUUCACCAACUACAUCAGACCCGUGUGUCUGGCGGCGAACGGCAGCAUCUUUAAUCCUGGGACGACCUGCUGGGUCACCGGAUGGGGGAACAUCCAAACUUACAUUCCACUUCCUUCCCCAGAGAGGCUGCAGGAGGUGAGUCUUCCCAUCGUGUCCAACAGUGAGUGUAGGGAGGUCUACGGUGGUAUAGUCACAAACAACACAAUCUGUACCGGUGUGACCCAGGGAGGAAAGGGCAUCUGCUAUGGGGAUGGAGGAGGCCCGCUGGUGACUAAAAUGGGCUCUGUCUGGGUCCAGGCUGGAGUGAUGAGUUUUAUAUCAGCACUAGGCUGUGCCCUGCCUUAUUACCCACAAGGCUACACCCGAGUGUCCGAGUAUCAGUCCUGGAUCAACAGCCAGAUCAGCACCAACCAGCCGGGCUUCAUCACCUUCACGGAGGACAGUUCAGCCUUUGGGAGCGGUACAACCUCUGGAGCCGCUCACCUGGUUCCCCUCUCGGUUCCUCUGCUGCUGUCCAUCGUCCCUGUUCUCUUCUCCUUCUCUGUCCUUUCGCGUCUGCAGGGGGAUUCAGGCGGCCCGCUGGUGACUAAAAACGGCUCUGUCUGGGUCCAGGCUGGAGUGGUGAGUUUUGGAGAAGGCUGUGCCCUGCCUAAUGUCCCAGGAGUCUACACCCGAGUGUCCCAGUAUCAGUCCUGGAUCGACAGGCAGAUCAGCACCAACCAGCCGGGCUCUGGAGCCGCUCACCUGGUUCCCCUCUCGGUUCCUCUGCUGCUGUCCAUCGUCCCUGUUCUCGUCUCCUUCUCUGUCCUUUCAUAGAAAGUUUAAUGAUGAUUUAAUUCACUAGGAUAGAGUCAAAAUCUGUCUCUCUGUUUCGUGGUCUCAUAUUUUUUUAGCCUUUUGAGAUUCAAAAAUAUUUCCACCUGUUUCCAGUUCAGCUUCUUUUUGUUAAAGAAGUUUUGCUGGUGUAAUGACACUUUAUUUAAAAAAUGAGGGCUACAACUAACACAUUUUUUCAUUAUU